UGGCUCAAGCGAGUGGGUCGCGGCCAUGGAGGGGCCCAUCAUAGCAGAGUUCAGCAGCCUCAACGCCUUGAAUCAGAAGGCGCCGGGGCCACCCCUGCGAUUGGGCCCAGGCGUGAGACAGCCAGCAGCAGGCAGCCUCACAGACCGGCCUUCUGAGCGACAUAGAGGGGAUGAUGUGGCAGGUCCCGCCUCCCAUCGCGAGAGGCUGCUGAGGGGCGAGUCGACAUAUACCGCAUCAAGCGGUGUCAACGAGCACUUCAUUGAGGACCAGCCACAGAUCCUGCAGUAUGGCAUGACGCACCUGCUGCCAAAGGCCUCCAGCACCGAGGAGCGCGAGCGCUUGCUGCGGCGGUUGGAGAUGUGCGCAAAGGCAAGAGAAGAGUCCACAAAGAUUAUGAGUAUUCGCUUCGCCCAACGUGACGCGGUGAAGCACGACUUGAAGACAGACAGGCGAGUCUAUUUGGACCGCUUAGUCGCUUCACAGAGGGAGCGGGAUGAGCGCUGGGCCAGGAAACUGCAGAAGAGCCCCUUUGCUGUGGACCUGGUGGCAGAAGACCAACGCAUUUCAGAGGAGAACCGCGUUCGGCAGAUUGUGGAGCAGCGAAGGGCAAAGUCCACAGCUGCGCGCAGCCAAGAAGCACACAAUCGGAUCUUCAAGCGGGCCACCGCGGAGCAGGAUGAGCUGGAGCAGCUGCGUCGCGAGAAGAGGCAGCUGCUGGAGAAUGAGAAGCAGCUCAAGGCUUUGCGUGACGUGGAGCGCAGCAACGCCCGCACCCUUCAGAUCCUGCAGGUGCGGCAACAGAAGCAGCAGGAACUGAAGCGCAUGAAGCAAAUGAAGACGGACGAGGAAUCCGGAGCAGGCAAUGAAUCUCCAAGGAGAACCGCCUAGCCAUAGCUGGCUUGAAGCAGAGCCGGCUAGAAUUGCUGCAGCAAAAUUUGCAGCGCAGGUUGGUCAAAGCACAGGCAAUGCGGACA